CGCUUCUUCUUUUUGCCCCUCUCGUUUUAGUUUUCGCCUCUCUGUUGACUGCUCUCCCUCAUUGCAGAGUCCGCGUCCCUGUCUCUCUCGAGCUCUAGAGAGUCUUCUAUAUGGUAGAUAUACCCUAAAAAAGGCCAUCUUUUAUCAGUCUAGGUAUCCAUAGAAGCCAAACCCAUGUCUCAGAAUCUCUAGAGCUUGUUGUGUUCUCAGCCUUUGUGCAUAAAGCAAGCUUAUUUUGCAUCAGAAAUGUCUACUGUUAAUCCCUUUGAUUUAUUGGGUGACAACGAUAACGAUGACCCAUCGCUUCUCAUUACUUCUCAGGAGAUGAAGGGUGCUUCUAAGAAGCCCACUGAUAAGCAACCACCCUCACAAGCUAAGCUUCCUGCUAAACCCCUUCCUCCUGCCCAAGCAGUGAGAGAUUCAAAAGCUGAAGCGGGUCCUGGGCGUGUUGGGGCCCGUGGCGGUGGGCGUGGAUUUGGGCGAGGUCGUGGGCCCGGCUUUAGUCGGGAGUUUAACAACAAUGGAGCUCAACAAACCAAUGGCGUUCCAGGAGGAUAUGGUGGAAAUGAAGAUGGAGAGGUUGGUAAGGCAGAGCGAGGUCGUGGUGGCUAUGGCGGGGACCACACUCCCUAUCGUGGUGGCCGCCGCGGUGGCUUUAAUAAUGGGGAAAAUGGAGAUUUAGAUCGCCCUAGAAGGCAAUUCGAACGGCGCAGCGGGACUGGGCGAGGAAAUGAGUUUAAACGUGAUGGAGCUGGUCGUGGAAAUUGGGGGGCCCCAAUUGAUGAAGGAGCUGUCCAGGAAUCUGAGGAGGUUGUUGGUGAAAAUGGUAAGGUCACAAGUCCAGAGAAGCCAUCAGAGGAGGAAAACAAUGCAGCUGUUAAUAAAGACAAUGCUGUGAAUGAACCGGAACAGAAGGAACCUGAAAAUAAGGAAAUGACUCUUUCUGAGUAUGAGAAGGUGCUGGAGGAGAAGAGAAAAGCUCUCCAAGCACUGAAGAACGAAGAAAGGAAGGUGAAUUUGGACAAAGACUUCGAGUCCAUGUUGCAGCUUUCUGAUAAGAAAGCAAAUGACGAUGUUUUCAUUAAAUUGGGUUCUGAAAAAGAUGCAGCUCGACGAAAGGAGAUUGCUGAGAAGGAAGAAAGGAUAAAAAAGUCUGUUAGUAUCAACGAGUUCUUGAAGCCUGUUGAUGGAGGGAGGUACUAUAGUCCAAGAGGUCGUGGACGAGGCCAAGGACGUGGCGGUUUUGGAGGUGGGAUUUCAAGCAAUAGCACAAACAGUAUUGCUGCUCCAUCCAUUGAAGAUCAAAACCAGUUCCCCACUCUUGCUGCUAAGUGAGAAUUUCCAAAUUUGCUGUUCUGUUUUUGUUUUUGUUUGUCCUUUUCUCUUCCCUUUCUCUGUCGUUGUUAAAAGAGUUGUUGAAUGCCGGUAUCCAAAAGAAUAAUGGGUUAUCCUCUAUCUAAGAUGCCGGGUAUGACAUCUUUAAUGGGGUAUCCUUGGGUGUCUUGUUGCGUUUUGUCAAGGAGAUUCUUUUGGCUUAAGUUAUGUCAUAAUAACAAUUUGGUCUCUCUCUCUCUCACUCUGAUAUAUGGGGACUUACGGUAAGGUGUGGCCGUUGAUAGGUAGAGUAGAGUAGAAUGACAUACUUAUAAGUUGAUCUCAAUUAGUUGGAAAAAGGCUUUGGCAAUGAUGAUGGUCUUUCACUCUCUCUCUCUCACCAACACACUGGACAACUAUUGACAUGCUUGACAUAGGUCUGUUAAUAGACCAGGCAAGCCCAAGCUCUGGCCUGAGCCUGUGCCCGGCCCGAAAUAGUGUGGGGUAGGCCGAGAUCUGGUUUGAUCAUGAUAAGGAUGCCCGAGUCCGUCUGGACUGGACAAAUUAUAAUGCAAUUGAUGGGGGGAUAUGCAGUUUGUGUGCAAUAAAUAAAUGAAACCUAUUUGCUA